AUGGAUGAAGACAGAGACCGAGGUUUACCCAAGGGCUCGAUGGAUCCAAGACCGGAGUCGGGCGCCGAACCCACAGCGUCGGCACCUGAGUUCGAUUCAGCGGGUGCGUCUCGUGCCCUUGCUGCCGCUGCCGCUGCCAAAAGAAAGAGGCCCUCGGAGAGAGGGCAAAAGUCGAAGAAGAAGGCGAUGAGCGUCGCCCGGACCUCACGGGAUGAAGUAGAGCCCGAUAUCAUUAUUCGGAGAGUUGAUGCCGAUUCUCCCGUGGCUCCGAUACCAGAGGAGGCUGUCUCCAUUUCACCUCUUCCUUCUGCUGCUGAAGGACUUCUGGUUCCAGUCUCACAAACAGGUGAAACUUCUUCUAAAGAAGAUCCCCUGCAAAGGACAAGGAGGUCCGGGGAGGCGGCCGCUGCUGAAGUCGGUCAAAAGACUGGGCCGGUCCUGGAGACCGAAAUCCCCGUUGACGGCCGGGAAACGGAGAAGUAUCUACACCUUCUUCAGGAGAAAGAGGAGGAGUUGAGCCGAGCAGUCGCUCUUUCCAAUCUUCAGCCCGAGCUUGACGCAGCGAAAAUCGAGAACCGUCAGCUGAGGAGUGAACUGGUCGCCAUGACCGAAUAUAAUCGGAGCCUCGAAGCUGAGAAGAUCAGCCUUAGCCGGGAUAAUGCCCAAAUUUCUUCUAGGCUUGGUGAGCUUGAAACCACCUUCUCCCAACUCCGGGAGGAGCUGGAUUUGGUGAAGUCGGAUGCUUCGAGCUUUGCCGAGAGGAACCGGCUGCUCGAAUCUGAGAGUGCCCGGUAUCAAGAGCAUGCUAGGGUGUUCGAAGAGAAAGUGGAGAGCAGGGCCCGGAUGUGCGAUGAUCUGAAGAACGAACUUAAGGAAAUGGCCGAUGCAAAUGACAACCUCCAGGCCGAGCUUCAAUCGGCCAUCCAGAUGCAGGAUGUUCUUGGGGAGGCUCGGGAUGCCUUAGCAGCGAAGUUAGCCCAGGCCGAGGCUGAUUUAGACGAGGCUUUGAAGAGCAUCGAGGCCGCCGAGGCUCAAGCUACUAUCGUUGCUGAGCACGAGAAGUGGAAGUCCCGGAGGAUUACUCUCGAGCAAGCCGAGCAUGGCUUUACCGAUCUUCCGACCCUUAUUGCCGAGGCUAAAAGGGUCGAAGGAGAGGCUAAGGAUGCUCUUGGUUCCGACUCCGAUGAUUCUGAGCGGACAGAGUCUGAGCGCCCCGGUUCCAUCCAUUCCGAGUAG